AUGGCUUCCACGCUCAGACUCGGUACCUCUGCCCUCCGCUCCAGCACUCUUGCUGGCAAGCCGGUCGUUCAGUCUGCUGUCCUCAAUGGCCUGCGCUGCUACUCUACCGGCAAGACCAAGUCCCUGAAGGAGACCUUUGCCGAUAAGCUCCCUAGCGAGCUCGAGAAGGUCAAGAAGCUCCGAAAGGAGCACGGCAACAAGGUCAUUGGCGAGCUUACCCUUGACCAGGCCUAUGGUGGUGCCCGUGGCGUGAAGUGCCUCGUGUGGGAGGGCUCCGUCCUGGACUCUGAGGAGGGUAUCCGUUUCCGUGGUCUCACCAUUCCCGAGUGCCAAAAACUUCUUCCCAAGGGCCCCGGUGGUGAGGAGCCUCUUCCUGAAGGUCUCUUUUGGCUGCUCUUGACCGGCGAGGUUCCCUCUGAGCAGCAGGUUCGCGACCUUUCUGCUGAAUGGGCUGCCCGCUCCGACCUUCCCAAGUUCAUUGAGGAGCUUAUUGACCGCUGCCCCAGCACUCUCCACCCCAUGGCUCAGUUUUCCCUUGCCGUCACUGCUCUUGAGCACGAGUCUGCUUUCGCUAAGGCUUACGCCAAGGGUAUCAACAAGAAGGAGUACUGGCACUACACUUUCGAGGAUUCCAUGGACCUCAUUGCCAAGCUGCCCACCAUCGCUGCUAAGAUUUACCGUAACGUUUUCAAGGACGGCAAGGUUGCUCCUAUCCAGAAGGACAAGGACUACUCCUACAACUUGGCCAACCAGCUCGGCUUUGCCGACAACAAGGAUUUUGUUGAGUUGAUGCGCCUGUACCUCACUAUCCACUCCGACCACGAGGGUGGAAAUGUCAGUGCCCACACCACCCACCUUGUUGGUAGCGCCUUGAGCUCCCCCAUGCUCUCUUUGGCUGCUGGUCUCAAUGGUCUGGCUGGUCCUCUUCAUGGAUUGGCCAACCAGGAAGUUCUUAACUGGCUCACCGAGAUGAAGACGGCCAUUGGCAACGACCUUAGCGACCAGUCCAUCAAGGACUACCUCUGGUCUACCCUCAACUCCGGCCGUGUUGUUCCUGGCUACGGCCACGCCGUUCUCCGCAAGACUGACCCCCGCUAUAUGUCCCAGCGCGAGUUCGCUCUCCGCAAGCUGCCUGACGACCCUAUGUUCAACUUGGUCAGCCAGGUCUACAAGAUUGCUCCCGGUGUUCUGACCGAGCACGGCAAAACCAAGAACCCCUUCCCCAACGUUGAUGCUCACUCCGGUGUCCUCCUGCAGUACUAUGGCUUGAACGAAGCCAACUACUACACUGUUCUGUUCGGUGUCUCCCGUGCCCUGGGUGUUCUUCCUCAGCUGAUCAUCGACCGUGCUCUUGGUGCUCCUAUUGAGCGUCCCAAGAGUUUCAGCACUGAGGCUUAUGCUAAGCUUGUCGGUGCUAAGCUCUGA